AUGGGAGCCGGCGGGCUGUGGGUACGGGCGGCGCACACAGCCCUCAGCGGGGGCUUAACGCUGGGGCUCUUCCUGCACCGCACAGAUCUGCAAAAGCAAGAGGAGCGUGGAGAGCUGCUGCAGCCACUGAUCUUCGUCUUGCUGGUUUUGUGCUCUGUCCUGCUGUACUUUAAGGUGUCUCUCAUGGAUCCGGGUUUUGUUAAGUCUGAAGAGGAAGAGAAGGCAGGCAAGAAUGAAGAACAAAGCAUGGUGAUAGACCAAGUUCCAAGUAAUAUUAAGAUGCGGCGUUGUGGUUACUGCAUGGUGAAGCAACCAAUGCGAGCCAAGCACUGCCAGCUGUGCCAACACUGCGUACGGCGUUACGACCAUCACUGUCCCUGGAUUGAGAACUGCGUAGGAGAGAAGAAUCACCCCCUCUUCAUAGUCUACUUGAGCGUGCAGCUUAUAGUUCUGCUGUGGGGAGGUCACGUUGCUUGGUCAGGCCUCUACUUCGAACAGUCCUGGGACUGGCUGCAGCACAACGUUUUCCUCCUCAUGUCCUUCUUCCUGAUAGUCAUAUUCACCAUUGUUGUCCUGCUGCUGCUGAUUUCACACCUCUAUCUGAUCUCAUGCAACACCACCACCUGGGAAUUCAUGUCACAUCACCGCAUCUCCUACCUGCGACACUCUGAGUUGGAGAACCCCUUUGACCAAGGGGUAGUCCUCAAUCUCUGGAGAUUCUUCUGUUCAUGCCACCUCACUGCAUGGGAGAAAAUCUACUUUCACAGGAACAAUGAGCCUGUCUAGUCACAGCAAUACCUACCUGGUAGAGUGCCAACACAUCUGCAGGUUGCUGGGUAAAGCUUUGCUAAUGCGAUUGCCGCCGUUUCCUUGCACGAAACUUUAGUACAUCAUGAACUAUGCAACCUGUUCAUCCUGCAAAUUACAUUUCAAGGAUAGUCAGGGUUAUUUUUUAUAUAUGAAUAACACUGUUAAAGGGGAGACACUGGUUCUGGGAAGGCCAGCAGAGCUGAUUUCUGGACUGAGCAAAGGUGUCUCUCUAAAUUUACUUCCUUUUGUUAACUG